AAAAGUGAAAAGUAUUCUGACUUUGGUAAAUUUAAAUUGAGAAAAUAUAUGAAUAUUUUAACUCUAAUAUGUGAUAAAAGUGCAUAGAAGAAAGCUUGCCGAUAUAGCUGAAAGUGCCAACGAGGAUUCCUCGUGUUCUACGAAGCUUAAACGACCAACGACUGCGUAAUCAUGAAAAUCGCCGUGAUCGGCGCAGGAGCUGCAGGACUCGCUGCACUCCGACACUGCAUUUCCGGUACUUACGGCGAUCAGGUGGUGUGUUACGAAAAAACAGACCAAAUCGGCGGGACUUGGGUUUAUCGAGAGCAAACUGGUUUCGAUAGAUAUGGUUUACUGAUUCACACUAGCAUGUACAAGAGUCUCAGAGCUAAUCUACCGAAGGAGGUAAUGGGCUAUCCAGAUUUUCUGAUACCGGAAGGACCCGUGAGCUAUCCGAUGCGCACGCAGAUAUUGGAUUUCUUGAAUACAUAUUGUGAUCAUUUUAAGCUACGUCCUUACAUUCGGCUGCUCCAUCAUGUAGAGCUAGUGGAGCCGGUCGCGAGGGACCGGAAGUGGUCGGUCAAGGUCAAGGAUUUGCAGAAUGACGCGGUCGCGAUCGAGUCGUUCGAUGCAGUCAUGGUGUGCAAUGGCCAUUACUUUGAACCUAUGAUCCCGAACGUACCUGGCCAGAACAUCUUUACGGGCAAGCAGAUACACAGCCACGAUUACAGAGUUCCCGACUUCUUCAACGGCAAGAAAGUCGUUGUCAUGGGAGCUGGUCCUUCCGGUAUGGAUUUGGCGUUGGAGAUAUCCAAGAAUGCGAAUCGCGUGAUUUUGAGUCAUCACCUGACUGAGACCAUCGACACUGUGUUUCCCGAGAAUGUCGUGCAGAAAGGUGAUGUAGUGGAAUUGACGGAACGCGAGGCGGUUUUUGUGGACGGGACGAAGGAGCAGAUUGAUGUCAUCUUCUAUUGUACAGGUUACAAGUACAGCUUCCCCUUUCUCGCCGAGUCCUGUGGAGUCCGAGUGGAUUCCAACAUGGUCACGCACCUUUGGAAACAUCUGGUGUCUAUAAAGAACCCUACUUUGGCAUUGAUUGGUCUUCCAUUCUACGUUUGCGCCUUUAAUAUGUUCGAUUUGCAGGUGCGAUUCGUCCUACGACAUUGGCACGGCGAGAGGCAAUUUCCCGCCCAAGCGGAUAUGCUGUGCUCCGAAGCGGAGGAAACAGCGAGACGCGCCGAGAGAGGUCUGCAGAAAAAACACUUUCACAUGAUGGGUCCUGAGCAAGAGCACUAUUACAGUGACCUGGCGAAUGUCGCAGGCAUCACGCCGCUGCCGCCCGUGCUCUCGAAACUCCACAACGAGAGCAGUAUGCGCUUCCUGAAAGACCUCGUGCAUUUUCGGGAGGAUCGCUACAAGAUCAUCGACGAUUACAAUUUCGUUAAACUUUCAUGUUGAGGCGAUAGACAAUUAUUUAAAAGAUUAAAUUCCAACUUUGUAUUUUAUUCAAUUUAGAGAUAUUUCUGCAUUGAAAAUUGUAAGAAAAAUUCACACCUAUUCUUGCUUGUUAAUUAAUUCUUAUUCUUCGUCGUGUGAAAUAAAUGUGAACUUUCCUGUCA